GGGGUGGGGGGGGGGGGGGGGGUCGAAAAACGCUCCAGCCAGCGGCGAGUCGCCGUAGAGGAGACCGCGUUGAGCGCGCGCGAGCCUAGGCGAGCUCGCGGACAAGCCCGGCGAGAGACACGGACGCGCCGGGGCGGCGUGCGUGCUCGUGUUGUUUCUUUGCUUUGUUUUUCUGUUUCCCCUCGCCCUUUCCUCCCCCCCGCCACCAGCACCGCGGAGUGCCUUGCUUUUAGUUUUUGUUUCUUCGGCUUCCGAGUCUCUCGAUCGACUCCUCCCCCUUUCGUUGUGCGCGACAUCGUCCGCGUCGACGACGACGGUUUGCUGCUCGUGUGUGUCCCCCCAUCGUGUCCGAGGGAGAAGAGAAGCGCCGCCGGCGGCAACAACGUGGUUCUCGAGCGCGCUUACUACAUCGGGCCCGCGGCGACCGCGCGGCGGACCGGAGUCCUGGAGUGUGCCCCGCCGUAGCAGACGACACCGUAGCAGACGCUGCGGCGGGUUUAGCAGACGAUGCCGCCGAAAAAAUCGUCUGCUUCGAUCGUCUGCAGUAGUGUCGUCGGUGUUGUGCGUGGUGCCAGUGUGUGUUUCCGUUACUCGGUGGUGCGAUCCGGAGUGUGACAGCACCGACAACGAGUGACAUCCCAGUGAUUCUUGUCGCCGUCGCGGAGUGUGAUGUGCUGGCAGCGUCGCUUGUGUUUGCGGCAACGAUUCGUGUUGGGAUCAUCUCGCGGCGAGCGCGUUGUCGUCGGUGUGGUUGUUGUGUGCCGUGGUUUGCCGAGGCGGGAGAGAGAGUGAGGGUUGCGACGGUAUUUUUUUUUCGUAGACACCCUUCCUUUCUUCCUUCAUCCACUAACGGGACGCUCGAGUCGUCGGCGGUUCAACGUUCGUUUCUCCCGCGUUCGGCGGUUGAAAAGAGCGACGUAAGCGAAGUUGUGCCCACAAAUCUUGCGAACCCUCAGAGAAGCUGUCGACCUGGCCCGGCUCUGCAAUCUCUUUCAAACAGUCAGCGACGACUGAAUAGCGUACGUCAGUUUUCCCACACGUGACAUACCAGUUGGGGGCGGCCGGAAAAACACGAACGUGUUAGUAGCGCGUCCUGGGAGUCUCGAAAAAAAAAAAAAAAGAACAGAAGGAAAGAAAACGCGUUAUACCCUAAUUACUACCACGCCGGCAUUCAUUUCCAUUAUACCUUUACCCUUUCCACCGCCGCUGAAAGAAACCCUUUCCCGCCGAACGUUACAAAAAAGAAAAGAAAAAAAAAAGCUGUCACUCAACUUGUGACAACCUCCUCCCCGACGCAAUCCGGAAGAAGGUUUUUGUUUGCCCCGUACCUUGUACGCUUUAUUUUUAGUUUUCAUUCGAGCAAGUUCGGAUAGUGCGUAAUCCUGACACGAAAACACGAAAUAAAUGUGACAAAGAACAGAGACGACCGGAGAAUUCGAACUAAUACCGGUGACGUCACAUCGAGGUUGUCUAGUACCGACCCGUAAAACGACGGCGACGGCGACAACAACAACAACAAUAACAACAACAAAAGUGAAACAACGGAAAUCGUAUCAUCAAAGUCUGCGAGCCAAUAUCGAACCCUGAAUCUGACGUUGUGCCACGGCCACGAAUUUUUUCGCCAGUCACGGCUCGCAGCCGGACAUACUGCGUCGUCAUCGACACCAGAAGUGAACGCGUAGUGGACGACGGUCCUCUGUCCGUUUUCAACGAUCGUCGGCGAGUUUGACGUCAUCGUGACGGUGCGAAGACUCAGUGAUACGGCGAAUACGAGGAUUGGAUGUUCGCGCCGCUUUUCCAGCGAGAUCGUCUUCGUGUGGACAACGUCGAGGGUUCGCAUCUUCCAUCGGCUUCGUCGAUGUUACGUGUCCAAAGGUCGUCGACGGUGACAGCGGUUGUGUGAAAAAGCUUUUUUUGUUUUUUUCUUUGUUCGUUUCUGUGUGAAGCGGAGUUUGAGGUCGUCUCGGCCCAGGUCUGAAGUGGCCACGGGCUCUGUUCGGCUGUCGCGCCCGGUGUGGACUGUUUGACUCCGGGGUUGACGACGCCAAACUGGACGACGCCGAUGCCAUGUCACGGCGAAAACAGGACAAGCCCCAGCCGAGGAAGCGCUCGGUUACCGACGAUGACGACGCCUUUGUAUCCAAGGAUGCCGUCCUCAAAGCGUCGCCGACGCGCGAGGAUAAAAAGAACGACACGUAUGUGCGGCUGUUCGAGGACGGAGAGACCAAGCCUCUGACAGUCAAGGAAGACACGAAGUUCGAACCGGAGCACUUGUUGCAGCAGCAAGACUUCCUCACGUGCGGCAUCUGCCAGAAGGAGUUCGCCCUCUCGGACAUUGUCCGCUUCAUCCAGCACAAGGUCCACUCGUGCAACAAGGAGAACUGUCUCCUCUUCGACGGCGCGCCGGGGGACGACGACUUCGACGCCGACCGGCCCGACCUGCCCGUGGGCUCCGCCGCGGCCUCGGCCAACAGCAACUCCGGCGUCGGCGCCAACACCCCGACCUCGCGGCGAUGUCCCGGCUCCGGCUCUCAAGUCUCCGCGCUCUCCUCGCUCAAGAGGGCGCACCACCACGGCUCCAGCGGCGGCGCCGCCUCGGUGACGGCGGCGUCCGCGACCUCCCAACACCACCACCACCACCACCGGUUGGCGCACAACAACAUCGGUUCGGUCACCGCCACCAACAACAACAGCAGCAACAGCAGCCACAGCCUCGACCUCGCCGACCGGCUCAAGGCGAGGGUGUCGUUGGAGCCUCACUUGCACAAGUACGGCUCCUCGACGACGUCAUCGGGCGGUGGUGGUGGUGGCGCCUUCGGCGCGGCGUCGUCCAGGACCGGGAGUGCCGGAGGCCUGCUAGUCAACGACAGCAAUGGUGGCGGCGGAGGCGGCAUCGCGUCUCCGACGUCGCCGGCCGAAGGUCAUGCGGUCGUGUCCGGGGUCGGGCCCGGAGCUGGAGUCCCCCUGGUCAAGUCGCCCCCAGCGUCUUCGGUGUCGCCCGUUAGGAGGCCCGCCUCCACGGUCGACGUCGGUGUCAACACCAACUACACCGAGCCCAACAGCUACACGUGUUUCACGUGCAAGCAUGUGUUCCCCUCCGCCUGGCUGCUGGUCCAGCACUGCCAGAACCUGCACGGCGUCAAGAUCUACGUGGACGCCAACAUCAGCGCGACGGGAGCGCUCUUUCCCCUGGUGGGCGGCGGCCGGUCUUCCGUCACGCCUCCCCUGCUACACCGGCCGUCCUCGGCGCAGCCCUCCAUCGGCACGGUGUCCAGCGUGCCGGCGCCCACCCCGCCCACCCCUGUGGGGUCUUCGUCCACGCCGUCGGCCAGGUCUACGCCGACGUCGUCCACGGAACCCGCACCGCAGGUGACGUCCACGGCGGGCCCCGGCGUCCCAUCGCUCGCCGGCGUCGUCGACCCCGUGGCCGCGGCGCACCCGGCGCUCCAGCUCCUGCGGAUGCCGCUGUCCGAGCGCCAGUUCGCCGCAGGUGCAGCGGCGGCAGCGGCUGGCCUCUUCGGGAGGGCCUCUAGUCACGACUUCCGCGUGGGCGACCUCCUGGCCGACCAGCUGCGGCCACAGGUUCCCCUCCCGCCCGUCGCCCCGGCGUCGUCGUCGACGGCGGCGGCGUCCACGCCACCGACGACCGCGCCUUCGUCCUCUUCCGCCGUGGCCGCUACAGGCUCGACAAGUCGCGAUGGCUUUCGGCCGUCGGCGACGCCGCAGAGCACACCACCGUUCGGCCUUCCGGCCAUCGAGCCCCAGCUGGACUUCUACUCUCAACGGCUGCGGCAGUUGGCGGGCGCGUCCAGUCCCACGGACGCGGCGACGGCGAGCGCCAACGCGCCUUCGUCACCGCGCAAGCAGCUGACGCCGCCGGCAUUCCCGGCGUCGGGCGCCGCGACUUCGACGACGGGAGCCCCGCUGACGCCCACGGCGACGUCCGCGCCGUCGGGCCUCGCCAAGGCGUUGUCGGACGGCACGCCGUCCUCGCGCGCGACGUCCCCGAAGCUCAAGUCGUGCGAGUACUGCGGGAAGUCGUUCCGCUUCCAGAGCAACCUCAUCGUGCACCGGCGGUCGCACACGGGCGAGAAGCCGUACCGCUGCCACAUCUGCAACCACGCGUGCACCCAGGCGAGCAAGCUCAAGCGACACAUGAAGACGCACCGCAGCUCGCCCGGGUCGGGCAACAACACGAGCGUCGAGUCGGCCCGAUCCACGCCGGACGGCGCAGGUGGAGGCGGCGGCGGUCCGAGGACCAACGGUGACGAUGGCUCGGAGGACGGUGCCGCGUCGUGCGACGAGGUCGAGGAUGAGGAAGAGGAAGACGAGAUGGACGAGGAAGAAGAGGAGGAAGAGGAGGAGGAGGAAGAAGAGGAGGAAGAAGAUCUGGACGACGAGAGCGGCGCCGGGGGCGCCGACAGGGCCGAGGACCUGACGGUACGGGGCGGCGGCGGGACGGGCUCCUCGGUGGGCCCGUCCGAGCGCAAGUCCCUGCUGGGUGAGGUCAUGGAGAAGAUCGGUCUCACCAACAUCCAGCAGUACAGCGAGGCCUACCGGCAGGCGCUCGAAGAGAGCGGGACCCUGCGCAACGCCGUCAAGCAGGAGCGACCUGGGUCGGCCGUGCCCAGCACCGACACGUCGAUGGCCGAGAACGGCUCCGACGUGGUCGGCAGCAAGUCCCUGCCGCACGCGGCGCUCGACUUCGGCGGCAGCCUGCUGGGCGCCUUCGACGGCGACUCUACCAGCAAGAGGCUCAAGCUAGACCUGGCCGCGGCGGCGGGAGAGCGCGACGUCUUUCCCGCCGGUCUCUGGCUGCCCUCGAUGGCCCACCGCGACUUCUACCUGGGCCUCCACCAGCAGGGCGCCGCCGACCUGGAGCAGCGGGCCAAAGAGCUCAAGCUAGGCACGCUGAGCCCACGCCCCGGUCCGAGCGGCGCGGCUGCUGCGCUGGCCCUGAUGGGCUCCCACCUGGGCAGGCCCAAGGACCGGCGCAACGACACGUGCGAGUACUGCGGGAAGGUCUUCAAGAACUGCAGCAACCUCACGGUGCACCGGCGAUCGCACACGGGCGAAAAGCCCUACAAGUGCGAGCUCUGCAGCUACGCCUGCGCGCAGAGCUCCAAGCUGACGCGGCACAUGAAGACCCACGGGCGCGUCGGCAAGGACGUCUACCGGUGCCGCUUCUGCGACAUGCCUUUCUCGGUGCCCAGCACGCUGGAGAAGCACAUGCGCAAGUGCGUCGUCAACCAGAACGCCCAGUCGCUGGACUCCGACUCGAAGGACAUGACGUGACGCCGCAGCCGCCGAGGUCGUCCCUCGUCGACGUCGCUGGCGUCGCCUCGCGCAGGACUCGUGGGGCCCGCCACCGCUGCCGCCCCGUUCGCGUCGUGGCGCCGAGCGGCCCUCGGACAGCCCUGGGUCGCGUCUCUUCUGCACUGAAGACACUUUUGAGGCCGCCGUAACGUCGGUGACCGACCUUCUCGCAGUGGUAGCCCGUCGUUCCCAGCCACCUCGCCUCCCCAAGUCAUCACGAGUCGCGCCGCCCGUACGAUGGCGCGAGCGUGUGUGUGUGUAUGUGUGUGCGUGCGUCUCGUAACUUCAUUCAUUACUCUCCUGGACUCAUCACCAAACUCCAAUGUGGUCUCCUUCUCUGCGCGCUCUGCCUGCUUUUUCCCCACGGACUGGUCCCCCCACAUCUUUCAGCGUCAGAGUUGUCGCCUUCUCUUCCCAGCGGUGUGUUUCCGUCGCUGGUUUGCUUUCAUUUUCGUCCUCUGGCUUCUGAAUGACUGUAAACGGCUAAAGCCUGUCGAUCGUGGGCCUACCUGAUACCCGCGGUGGUAAUAUGUGUUCAUAUCCCUGUCUCGCUCAAGUGCGUUAACGAAGAGCUUCGCUAGUAGCCGACGCUCGGAGGACCUGUGGCCCUGCCCUGUCACGAAAAGAGGAGAGCGCGUUCUGCAGUACACGUCCGAUCACGAGUAAUCUCUAUGGAGAGGGCAAAGUGUUGAGCAUGCCGCUGCUAGCAAAAGCAGCCUAGUGCACCAGACAUGAGUUGAUGUCGGUGACUGUGCGAAAACUCUGCUCCAUCUUAAAAACGCGGGUGCACUCGAUGCCUGGAAAGCCUCUAGUGUAGUCUUCCUGUGGAACACAAAACGUGUCGCACGUCGUUGAAGCGCAGGCAAAAUAGUAGUUGCCGUUGCCAGCGUGCUUACGAGGUUGGAAAACGGGUCGGGUUCGUUGCCAGUGGCAGAAAAAGCCACUUAUGUAAAAAAAAUUAUAAGUGAAUCUCCGCCGAAAGUGCCUGAAAUCUGGCCCCGGAGGAACUACAUCAACACAUCCGUUAGGAGCGGUAGUGUCGCCCGAUUUCGAUCUUAACCAUACCGGUGUGUGCGCGACCUGUGGACCUUCCUCGUAGCAGUUGGCGCGAAGAAUCGAUUGCUCUGUUGUUGAGAAUUCACCAGCACCGAGCGGCGCAGUUCUUUAAAUCAGCAAGCUUAGAUAUGGAGUCUACCCGCUUGAAUGUAGUAGGGUCGACACGUUUGGACGUGGAGUCGAUACGUUUAGACAUGAAGGUAGACUCGCCUGGUGAAUCUGCAUUGAAAUCGAUCCAGCAGCGUCUCUCCUCCUUUCUGAACGGCAAAGCGUUGUGAGUCUAGCCGGAAUGGCCACGACUUUUGGGGUCUUUGCGUUUUGGUCCCUCCCAAGGCUUUUUCCGCGUCGCUAUUGUCGGCGACAAACUCCAGUGUUGCCGGACAGGUCGUGCGCCAUUGGCAACGGGUUCUUUUUCUGCAGCAGCCAAUGGGCAGAAGCUAACGGCCCGCCUCCAUACAUGUGCAAUAACACCGUUCCUUUUCGCACCGCUCUCAGUCCCUCUCGGAGCAUUUGGUGCCCCACUUCUUUUUAAUAUUGUCUAGCCAUCUCCUUUUAUUAUUAUAAGUUUUUUUUUACCUUUAAUGUUUGUAGUGUUCGUAACGAUGCUGUGUACUCCGCUCUUUGGCAUGUUUCAUUGCUGCUCUGUCGUAGUUCAUGCGGUGACCAGAAGAGUAUUUAUCGUUCACACUUACGGAACGCGUGACAAGUUUGUUCACCUGUACCUAAAUAACCCAGUCCAACACCACUUCCUUUUUUCUUUCACUUUUUUUUUUCUUUUUAAAUGCACGUAUAGAGACGCGAUCAUACCUCGAGAACAUAAUACUGCAUUUUUAACUUCGUUUUGUAUUAGUGAGCCCUCAAUUCCACGAGGCGUCGUCACUCUCUCCCAUUCUCUUUCCCUUUCUCUCCUUCCGCGGCAGGAAAGAGUGUGCGAACUGUUGAGUUUGCUGCCCAUUUUUUUUUUUUUAUUAUUAUUGUUCAACCGGGGACCACUGGCAGAGAUUGUCGUCUCGGCGUUCUUUUUUUCUUAAUUUUUAAUUUUGCCAGCGGCCACUGCGCAUAUAGGGGUGUGUGUACGUUCGUCAAGAGCAAUAACACAGCCUCGAGAAGCCGCAAGAGAAGCAGUUAAAUUCAUCCGCGAGGGCAACUAGUAUCGCUGCUCUCUGGCUAGUUAACGGAGCUUGAUCAUCUUCAUCUGACAGGGGUGCAACCGUCCUCGAUUUGGAAUUCCUUAUUCGAUAGCGCUAGGAGUAAAUGAACGGCAGUGCUUUAAAAUUACGCUGUUUGUGGUGUAAUCGAAGCGUACGUUGACGUUUUGACAUUUCUGACAUUUACGGCAUCCCCCCCCCCCCCCCCCCAACCCGACGCUCUCCGCAGAGAUUGUACUAGUUGAAGACAUCAGGUAUCUAGUCACGUAGCAGCAAUCCUGAAUUCGUUCAACGUAUUGUUAUCUUGGCUGAGCGAUAACCAUUUGGCUAGAGACGGAGCGCGCGGCACAACAUCGGCAGAUAAUUUGGCGGGAAAGGUCGCGACCCGAACCCAAAAAAAGAAAGAAAAGUUUACCCGCGUAAUUCUAUCCCCAAAGACACUUCCUUAAUUUGCAACGCUUCCUAAUUUGCAACUGCCAUAGGUCGAAAUUUAAUUAAGCUGAUCAUCGACAGAUGUCGCGUCGCGCUGCGCGCACGUCAUCUCAUCGCGCCUUCGGGCAUGCAUGCGCCGCCUAUCUGUAGCUGUGGGAACACAAAUAGUUCGUACGUGGCCUCAGAGAUAGCGCGCUCUCCCGGAUCACGGACUCCACGGUUCAUUUCAUGGUCUCUCCUAUCCCAGCUCCCGUAAACCGUUCACUAUGACAUUUUUUUCCCCGCUUGUUUUUAUCUAUUUAAGGAAACGCGACAAGUUAUGCUGCCGAGUUGUCUUCAUUGUUCACGCUUAUCAUCACUCUAACGCCACAGUUUUAUCUAACGGUCCUAAUAGCUGGCGUGCCAAUACAGCGUGUUUCGGAAUACGCGUAGCGCUUGUGACACACACGCAUGUAUUGUCGUUCAUCGAUUCAUGAGCAGAGGAUCUUCGAGAUGCGCAUAGCUUUCUGUACAAAAGAAAUAUCACGUCACCGUGCAUGCAGGCGCGCGCGUGAAACAACACUUGUGACAUUGUAAUCAAGAGGGUAUAUAUAUAUCGUAACUUGUACCAGACAAUUCACGCCCAGUCUAAUCACCCCGCAGCUUUCAUGACUGCUCCAUUAUGUUACUUUUUCUUUAUUAUUGUACGCGUUCUUUUCCGGAGCGUUACAACCGUUGGAAGAUACAGCAGCCUGCCUUGAGGGGCUUCAUUUUUGUCGAAAAUUCGCUGGCGCUUAAUUUGCAAAAGCGUGUGAAAACUGUAUUCGCACCAUGCCUAGGUAUCAAACGAUUUAGAAAAGACGUCAUUCUUUAUUCUUAAAUUAGAAAGAACCUUCAUAUGCAUCCAAAUUACAUCCAAUGACUUAAUGAGUACGUCUCUGAUCGGGGAUUUACGGACCGAGCACCCGUGAGUAGACAUUGCUACUCAGUCAAACCGUAUGCGGAUAACCAUUAGGCCUGGUAGUUAGGCCUAACAGCGUCGUUAGGCCUAGCUUGCGUUAGGCGUAACUAAGCCUAACGCAAUAUUUUUAGAUGUAUUCACCUAUACAGCAGGCUGCUUGCCAACGAUUGUCGUCUCCUUGCGCGGGGUCACCUAAAAACUUUUUUUUGUCCUUUGAUGAUCUUCGGUAACAUGCGAGUUGAAAUCCAGAGUUGAGAAUCCAUGCUCCCUAUGUAAAUACAGCUUUGCCCUCGCCCUGUCCUCUCUGUCGCGUUCUGACUUCGUUUCAAGUUCCAUUGUUGAGGCUUGUGUUUUCUUAUAUUUGUUCUUGUUCUUUUUUUUUUUACUUCUUUGCCGCUUCCUGCUUCUGAAAGGAUGUGUCAGUCAAGCCUCUGUAUUGAUUUUUUUUUUCAUCGUAAUUCAUAUGUCACGUGACUGUUGUGCCAUUUUUGAGAGAAGAGAGGUCGCCUCGCGACAAGUCUGUUGUGACGGUCAGAGACGACUACGUUUUAUCCACUGUGAAUGAAUGUGUGUGAAGUGAGAAGCGACAGCAAGAAAAAAAAAAACUGAAAAAAAAGUUUUUACUCUCGUAGUCCUCGUCUAAAGUUGCACUACGCUUGAGAGGGUAAAGACUAUGUUUUCCACGAGUGCGUGUGAAAUAUUGAGAGAGAGAGAAAGCGAUAGAGGAGAUAUAUUAUAUAUAUAUAAAUAUAUAUUUUAGCCCUGUACUAUAAGCAUUGAGAUCUAUAGAUAUUUGUAAAGCCCACCAAAACCCCCAGUUUUCUUCUCGAAUGCUGGUUGUUUUUAAUCUUAUCUGCGUAAUGAUCCGACCUGCUUUCGUCAUGCAUCAGGCUCUGAAAAUCACUGACCGAAGGCGGCAAUUUAUUCGAAUGGAAGGCGCCGCUUCAUGAAAUAUUCCAAACCUCGCUCAUUUAAAAGUCAUGUUGGGACACAUAGCAAUGAAAGACUACAGUGACCGCAAAAGAAGUAGAAGAAAACAACUUGUGGUUUCGGCCGGAAUCAUUGGACAGCGCAGACACGAAUGGAAAACGAAAUGGAUCUUUACAAAAUCAGACCACAGAAGCCCUACUUCUUAGCCAUUCAUAUCAUUUUCGACUCCAUUCUUAUCAUGCGCCGUGUUGAAUGACUGAUCCCAGAGAUAACGGCGAAGAUAACGGGCUCAUUCCGGAGAUAAUGGCAGCGCGGCGGUGCCGGAGGGAAUAAGAAAAGGCGCAAAUAAUGGAAGAAAAGUAAAAGAAAAAACAUCUUUGGAUUGUUACGAAAUACGACUGUUCGGUCCACACUCGCAACACAUUUCGUGCACUUAAGUGGUGCAAUUAAGUUACAGGUCAAUUCUGAUAGCUGGCAUCGGAUACUGCCAACGGGUACUGUCAGCCAAUGAUACAUGAUUCUUAGAUUCCGAAAUCUUUCUGAAAUCGCGCAAUGAGCCCAUAAAAAAAAAUAAAGAUUGAACACGUGCGAAUUUGGGAUUCGCUUGUCUCUUGAUCGGGACCCAUGCUGUCGCCUUGAUCGCUACAACACUUUACAGCCUUUGCGGCGGUGGCCAUGCCUCUGUAGCUUUUAGAAAUACGUUGUUUUACUCGCUGACAGCGUCUGGUGUUCGCAUAUGUUGGCGCUUUGGGAGUUAACGUUAAUUGCCGCGUAGUUGUGUGGGAUUGCAGACUAAAUGUGGUCGAAUUUGAAACUUUCGUUUUUUUUCAAUCAGUGGUGCUCUAGCCUAGUAGCCUGACGAACAGCAGCGAGGUUUCAUGAAGUGGCGUUUUUUUUUUCUAUUUCUUUUUCACGUUUCGUCUUAAUUGGUCGAAUUUAUGUAAAAAAGUUUUUCUUCAUACAUGUUGAUUUUGUCGUCCUGUCGGGUCCCAGUGACUUGUUUAACGAAUGGAGGCGCGAUCUCAAACGCUAUCUUGUAUCUUGUCUUUAUCUUUAUUGUUUGUGUUCCUCUCUCGACCCCCCCCCCCCUCCUCCUUCCAGCCCCAACCUUACCGCUUUCUCCUGUCUUUUUCGUAUGCGUGAUGGCGUUGUGGUUUUCCGAAGGCAUACAGAAGAAACGACAUAGUUCACGUCUGCAGGCUCUCAAUGCCUUCGAUUUUAUUUCUCUGCCGUUUUGGGUGACUCCAUCAAUGGCUGUCGUUUUUUUUUAAUUCAUCUCCGGAGCAAUUAACCAUUUAAAAGCCCAACGUAAUAUAUAAACUGCGCCCAGUUUCAUGCCUCGAAAUUCUGAUUCAAGAGUUGGAAGCUUAGCGCAAAGCUCAUGGCUGCUUUUUCUAUAGCUUUGAAUAGUCAAGAGAAUUAUUGAUUAAUUACUAUACAAAUCAAGUUAUAGCCAAAUAACUCCGAGGCGUUAUAAGAGCACGUCAGUUAUGUAGCGAGAGGCAGCAAACCGUGUAAUCUAUCACGUAGACUGCGGUUUCAAUAUGCGAGCUUCUUGGAGAAGCAUAUAUACGUAUAUGCUUCUACAUAUGUAUAUAGUGUGGGCGUUUGUAAUGUAUAAUAUGCUAUAAAAAUGUGCAGUUCUUUAACCGUCACUAAAAGAGAAAUGAAAGAUUAACUCUGAUAAUUCUUGGAGACGUAACAGGCAUCUUAAAAGGCCUUUCGAUUCCGCAAGGUAACAAACCCUGUGCUACGAUGGAAGACAAUUUUCACGUUUAAUAGGUUAACCCUUGCAUAGGUUCCUCUUGAGCGGUCUUGUUGAAUCACCGUGUCGGCUCUGACAAAUUCUUAUCGAAAGCAUCGCUACCCAACGGUGCUCUUGACGGUGCUCUUGACGUAGCUCUCAGAUCUGAUCGGUUGUCGUAUCUAUCUGUUGGCUUUGACCAGCUUCACCGCUAUCUUCACCGCAUGCCGCGAAAUCCGAAACUUUGCGUCGCCGAGGUCGUUAGACGGUUUUAUUUUUCAGCCCUGGCACUUAUACAUUCACGAAUCUGUGCGUCGCUGGUUCCCAAUGACGACGCCCUAUGCAGGAGUGGACGUUUGUUCCGUUACCCUCGUUAAACCACAACGCCCGCGCUACUGUCGGUUUGUGUGUAUUAUUAGUAACGACGCAGUACAACUGAAAUAUAUAGAAAAACGAGUUUGCGUAGGUCUUUUCUGGUUUCGAAUGCGUACUGCCCUGCGUACUGUUGAUCAGUUGUGUCAUCUUGCCUGCACACCAGUGUACGUCUUUUGCGCUGCUGUCCGGUAUUUCCUGUUAUAUUGCUCUUUAUGCCCCCUCCCUUUGUCUUCUCCCGAUUUUUAUUGUCCCAUUGUGUUGCGUGCCGAUUUGUUGCCUGUUUUUCUUUGUCCAGAAACCAGACGCUUGAAGGCAAUUCUGCCAUUUAUCGAGCGCACAAUCCGGUGAAAGAAAAAAAAAAGAACUAGACAUAUAAUGGAUAGAGUGCACCUUUUUUUUUUUUCCUGCUCCUUGGUCGUUGUGACUCGCGGUAGAAAAAAAAAAACAUAUGAUAAACUGUCGUGUGUGUGGAUACCGUGAGUGUGUGCAGAGGAGCGACGACGGAGUGUGUAAGCAACGGAAUCCGCAUCGUCGUGGCCAACUGCGUUGCUGCUUUCAAGAGUUUUUUUUUUUUUUUUUUUUGAAACGCGACGGGUGUCCCGUUUCAGCGCGCGUCGUCUGCUACACCGUAGCAGACGUGGACGCUCUUUCCGCGCAGACGCAGACGGCGACGUUGUUUGUGCCGCGAACUGCGUAGUGUCUGUCCGCGGCUGUGAGUGGCUCACGUUCGAAUCACGUGACCGGCCCGACGGUGGCAAGAUGGCCGCCGCCGUAUUUGUGAAUGUCGUUCCUGGACCCCGCGGUCUCCCCCUUUUUUUCCCAGUGCUCUUUCUCGUUUACCUAUUGUCGUGUUUUUUGUUUCAAAGCUGACCCCUUCCGCUGUGGCCUCCUCACCACUUUUUUUUUUAAAGUCAUCAGGGGGCAUUAUACAUGCGUAAGCUUUUUGUGCCGCUGAAUUUAGCUUUUGUUCUGAGCCCCUUAAUCUCGUCUUUCUUCCAUUUUUUUUCUUUUUUUUCUCUCUUUCGUUACGCAUCGCUCAUUGCCUGUACUAUGACAGCUGUAUGUUUCUGUGUGUACAUUGAAAGCGAGAAACUUUCUGUGGCGUUGUGAGCAUUUAUUUGCUUGUUGUUCCCCUAGCUGGCAAAGAGCAUGUUCUUAUUACAUCACUCUCCUCUGUCAUUACGUGGAAGUUUAUCUGAAUAGUUUGCAUCCCCCCUUUUUCUCGCGGAGUAGCGAUUACGCGACGGAUUUAUUAAAUAAAAGAAAAAUGGCAUCCGA